AUGCAUGAUCUUGUGAAUGAUCUGGCAAAGCUAGUUGUAGGUGCAACUUAUUUUGACUUGGGGGAGUUUAAGGAUGAUGACAAUAAUGCAUCUUUAGCUUGUCACGCCUCAUUCAUUUCCGACAAAUAUAUUCUGCCAGAAAAAUUCAAGAUAUAUCAUGGAAUGAAGGGACUUAGGAGCUUCAUAUCAUUAAAUAAAUCACCAGUCUUAGUGUCCCAAAAGGUGCUAUGUGACUUGUUGUCAACAUCGAAGUACCUGAGGGUGCUUUCAUUAAGUCAAUACCAAAUCACAGAGGUACCGGAAUCCAUUGGCAAACUGAGGCACCUAAGGCACCUUAAUCUAUCAUAUACUUGUAUUAAAAAGCUUCCAAAAUCAAUUGUUGCAUUGUACAACCUAGAGGCUUUGAUGUUGAGGGGCUGCGAACACCUUAUUGAAUUACCAGAAGGUAUGGAAAAACUUAUCAAUCUGAAAUUUCUCGACAUUACCGACACUAAGAUCCUAGAAGUGAUGCCGCUGUAUAUAGGUAAUUUGAUGGGUCUUGAGAUGUUGUCUAAGUUCGUAGUGGGAACAAGAAAUGGCUCAAGGUUGAAGGAGUUAAAAAACCUAAAGAACCUUGAAGGGGAAUUGUGCAUCUCUAAUUUGCAUAUGGUUCAAGACCCCAAAGAUGCCAUCGAUGCCAAUUUACACACAAAGAAGGGAAUAUGUUGGUUGACCAUGCAGUGGAGUAGAGAUUUUGAAACUUUCCGGAAUGAAGAGCUUGAAGUAAAGGUCCUUGACUUUCUUCGACCUCACAAAGGCCUUGAAAAGCUUGAAAUUUCCUACUACAGUGGCCUAGAAUUCCCAUCAUGGUUAGGAUGUCCCUCAUAUGCUAACAUAGUGCACUUACUUUUACACAGGUGUCAAAGGGUCAAAGCAUUACCAUCGCUCGGGCAGCUAUCUUUACUGAAAGAUCUGUACAUCGAAGGUUUAAAUGCAAUAUGCACAGUAGGGUCUGAAUUUUAUGGAAGUAAAAGUCCUUUUCCGUCCUUAAUAACUUUGGAAUUCAAGGAGAUGCCAUUGUGGAAGGACUGGUCUCAUUGUGUCGGCACUGAAGAAGUAGGAGUUAUAUUCCCUCGACUUGAGCAUCUCGUCAUUCGACGCUGUCCUGUGUUGGUCGGAAGAUUGCCUAGUCAAUUAAGCUCCCUCAUAAAGCUUGAAAUCUACUCUUGUCCGUGUAUGGAUGCAUCGUCCUCUAUCACGAGCCUCCCAUCUCUCAAUGAAUUAGACUUUAGAGGUUGUAAUGAGAAAGUGCUGAAGAGACUGGUAAACCUAGCAUCUCUAACUGCACUUGCCAUAUAUAAUGUUUCUGAUUUGACUUGCUUAAAUCAUGGGUUUACAAGCUCCUUGACCAAGCUGGAGAAGUUGACGAUCGGAUGGUGUACAGAGUUAAUAUACUUGUGGCAAGACAGAGAUGUAAUUCGGAAUCUCGCUUGUCUGAAGAGCUUGCUCAUUGGACAUUGUCCGGAAUUUAGAUCUUUUGUCGCUGGAGAAGGAGAUAUAGAGCUGCCUAGCAACCUCGAGACUAUCGUAUUGAUAAAUUGCGUCAAUUUAGAGAAGCUCCCAAGCAAGAUGCACACCCUCUCUUCUCUUAAAGGCUUGACGGUCUAUGAUUGUCCGAAACUCAUGUCCUUCCCCGGAACUAGUAUUCCUACAUCAGCGAUAUCAUUAAACAUCAGCCAGUGCGAGAUGUUGCAAUCUCUACCCAGAGGAGGAUUAAGUGUUCAUCUGGAUGAACCAAGCAGCAGCGGUAGCAAUACCCACGGUGAUAGUAUCUCUUGUCUGCAAGACUUAAGAAUCUCCGGAUGCCAUUCUCUGCCAGCCUCUCCAUUCAGCGAUGGUAGAUUUUUACCCGCCACCCUCAAGAAACUUGAAAUUAAGGAGUGCGGGGGAGUGGAGUCGCUCGCAGAGAUAAAUGUAGACGGUCUUCAGUCGCUUCAAGAGAUUACAAUUAGGGAUUGCGAGAAUUUGAGAAGCUUACCCCAGGGCCUACACACACUGUCCCAUCUCACUUCAUUGCAUUUGUGGACCUGUCCUGCUCUGGAGCUGGAAUGCUUCCCUCCUCUUCCUACCAGCAUCUCAAGCUUUCAUCUUAGUAAUUGUCCGAAGAUAAAAUCAUUACCUAAUCGGUUGCAUCGACUCACACAUCUUCGUAGUCUGGAAAUUGGAUGGUGUGAGAGUAUUACGCAAUUCCCAGACGGAGGAUUGCCGCCCCAACUAAAGAAACUUUCUUUAUCUAAUUGCGAGAAUAUAAAGCAGCCGGUGGGGGAGUGGCUUACCCGUCUUACCUCCCUUGAAUGGCUGUCGAUCAGAGGCAGCGUUGGAGGAGCGGGAGAGGAGGAGAAUCUCGUGCUUCCGCUCCCUCCCUCUCUGCUCGAUCUCUAUAUCUUGCGUAUGGGGAGAGUGGAAAGACUGUCCAGCAGUCUCCCUCCCUCUCUACGGAUGUUAUGGAUCGAAGAUUGCCGGAAGCUGAGGGAGUUGCCCCAGGAUGGCCUCCCUCCCUCCCUAGAGUGGCUCUACAUCUCUGGAUGUGGGAUUCUGGAGCGACAAUGCAAGAAAGAGACCGGCUCCUAUUGGCCCCUCAUCCGCGAAAUCCCGCUUGUUUCAUUAGAGGGUAUAAUUAUCUAAGCUGGCUCUUUGAAA